UCAAAAUGACGUCCAAAAUGUCAAAUUAACAUAACCUCUUCAAACCUUUCCAAGUUAUUCUGUUUGUUUCUAGUGGCCUAGAGUUACCGAAAGAUGAUACGAAAUAUUCUGCGUACCAGCCGGUGGCUGGCACGGCGGCAAAUCAAUACUUUAACCCCAGUAGUGCAAUACACAAGCGUGAAGACGUUGAAAUACUCUUCCAGUACAGUAUCUAUCCGAAGAUUCGCUACUCCCUCUGAUAAUCCACAGUCUUCAGAACAUAUUGAACCGGCUGUUUUUGAAGAAAUUUGCAACGAGACUUUGGAAUCUCUAUGUGACUACUUCGAACAGCUAGUGGACGAAACCCCUGAUUUGAAAGGAGCUGACGUAACAUACAGUGUAAAUGAUGGAGUACUAACAGUGGUUCUAGGUCCUCAAUACGGAACCUACGUGAUAAACAGACAAACACCGAAUAAACAAAUUUGGCUCAGUUCCCCGGUGUCAGGCCCUAAACGUUACGACUUAGUUCUAAAAGACGGUGGCUAUUGGGUAUACAAGCACGACGGCAUACCUCUACAUAGACUUUUACAAAACGAAAUUUCAAAAAUAGUGAAAAAUAAAGUCGAAUUCCAUAAGUGUGCGCAUAGCAUAGUGUGAUACUGUUAAAUUACCUAUAAUAUAUAUAUUUAUUUUGUUGUUUAAGUAAAUUGGUUUUUAAUAGUUUA